ACUCUGGGAGUUGUAGUCCCGGGAGAGGGGGGCCGUAAGGCGGCUGCGGUGUUGAGGCUGUGUUUUAUCCCGUGUUGCGGCAGGACGGCGUUCAACAACAACAUCAGCACGGCCUAUGAGGUGCUGGGGGCCGGCGGGCGGCGGCGGAGACUGGGUGUGGAUGGGCGGCUGUACAGCGAGCUGCUGCGGCGCAUCUGUCAACAUGGGGACACACCCCAGGAGGUGGCUGCUGCAUUGCUGCAGAGGGUGCAGUGCCGGGACCACGAGGCUGUGCCCUUCGAUGUCUUCCGGUACGGCGUCCUCACCUGCUUUGUGCUGCUGGAGUUUGUGACCAAGGCACGGAUGCUGUAUGAUGUCCUGGAUAACGGUACCGGUGUGGCAGACAAGAGUGUCUGCCAAGCUGUCCUGUGUACAUUGGAGGAGGCACUGGGAGCCAGUAGCCUCUCUGUGCCUGUCCGUUAUCUGGAGGCAGGCUCCAGGUUGGGGCCAGACUGCUUGGCCUUGGCCAUGGACCGGGCACUGCAGGAGAGGAAGCUCAGCACCACUAUGAGCAGAGAGGAAUUCCUGAAGAAAGCUACAGCCUUAUUUGUUGCAAAAGUGAAACCUGUUGAGUAAUGUCCAGGAACAAUGUGGGAACAACAUUUGCUGGAUUCCCUACAUGGUUCAAACAGCACUUUGUGUUGAGGAGAAGGCUCUACUCCCUGAAACUGGCUGGGCAGCGAGGCUUGGGUGAGCAACUCAGGUGAGCCCUGAGUCUGCUUGAUGAGAGACUGCUGAUUUCCAUGCUCCAUUUCUUGCUCUGAGCAGUAUCAGUGCCCACUCACCUCUAGAGCUUGAUGUUCCCAUGUCCUAGUGUGCCUCUCCUGAAUGUAGCUCCUCUAUUUCCAGCUGGCAUCAGUAAGCCUUUUUUUAGGCAUUAAGUGGGAACUGUAAACUUUAGGGCAGUUUUAGUAAUUAAAAACAAUGCAGAGUUAAUUAACUAUGGGUCUGGAUCUCCAGCUAUACUGUGGUGCCAUUCUAGCCCUGAUGAUGCUGUGUUUGUGCAGCCUCAGUGGGGAGCUUUGCCUUUACGUUUGGGUUGUUUUCAUCCCUACCUCUGAAGUAUGAAAUAAUGCGUAUCUACCUUGCAGCCUAUUGUGAGGACUCGGAGGCAAACACAGGGUUGAUGUGAAGCAUGAAAUAAAGCAUUACUUGACAGACAAAAUGUUUUAAAUGCAGAGAAGAUAAGAGGCUGGGAGGAGCUGCUUGCUGGUGAUGGAAAGCUGUUGGCAAGCAGCUGCUCUCUUGCCUUGUUCUGUGUUUACCAAACCGCCUCCAGCUCUGCAAUCCAGAUGCUGGAGAUGAAAGUUCAUACUUGAAUGGCAAUUUUCGCAAGGAAAACUGUGGAGUGCUGCUGAUGUGGGACUUAUAGCACCAAAAGACAAAAACAAACUUCAUUCCUUUAGAGGCCGCUUUGCUUUUGAGUUGUGUUGAGCCGUACGAGUAUUUAUUUGAAUUUAUCUCUUUUAAUUAUGCUGUGCAAUGAUUGAUUUACAGUCAAACAUUAAAGCUUUUUCUUAAUUUUA